AUGAGUGAUGAGGAGAUUAGGGCUUUCGGACUCGGAGCUGCGACUCCGACUGAGAAAUCUCGGGAACACUAUUCUGCGUUAGGGUCCAGACAGAACAUGUGCGGAAUCUUAGGCUUGUUCUUGCACGAUCCGAACGUCGAUGCUGCCCCCGAAAUCUGUGAGGGGUUGUCAUUGUUGCAGCAUCGGGGCCAGGAUGCAUGCGGAAUCAUCACCUGUGGACCCAAGGGCCGUCUCUAUCAAUGCAAAGCGAACGGCAUGGUUAGAGAUGUCUUUGACGCAACUGCUGUGUCCAGGCUAAUUGGCAGCAUGGGUGUCGGGCAUGUGCGAUACCCGACUGCUGGAAGCUUCAACAACGCAGAGGCCCAACCGUUCUAUGUCAACUCGCCAUAUGGCAUCUGUUUUGCUCACAACGGCAACCUCGUCAACACCGAGACCCUCAUCCAGUUCAUGGAUGAAGAAGCUCACCGUCAUAUCAACACCGCGUCCGAUUCUGAACUCUUGCUCAACAUUUUCGCUUACAACCUCCAACAAACUGGAAAGUUUCGCAUCAAUGAAGAGGAUAUCUUUACGGCCUUGACGGCCAUGGUCAAGCAAGUCAAGGGUGCUUAUGCCUGUGUCGCUAUGCUCGCUGGAUUUGGAGUUAUCGCUUUCCGAGAUCCGAAUGGUAUCAGGCCUGUCGGUAUGGCAAAGCGGAAGUCUGGUUGUGGAUAUGAUUAUAUUGUGGCCAGCGAGAGCGUUGUCGCUGAUGCUGGAGGGUUCUCCGAUUGGGAUGAUGUCAAACCUGGCGAGGCCAUCAUCAUUACGCGAAACAAAGUUACCCGAAGACAGAUUGCGGAACCAGCAACUUUCGCUCCUGAUAUCUUCGAAUAUGUCUACUUUGCUCGACCUGACUCCGUGAUCGACGGUGUGAGCGUGUAUCGGAGUAGGAUGUCGAUGGGUGAUGUCCUGGCCGAAAAGGUUCGGAAAAUCGUCGAGCAGGAAAAUAUCCAGAUUGACGUCGUUAUUCCUGUCCCUGAUACCUCAAGAGUUGCUGCGCUGAACCUGGCCCAGAAGCUUAGACUUCCUUAUCGUGAAGGUUUCAUCAAGAACCGCUACGUCGGAAGGACCUUCAUUAUGCCAGGCCAACAAAUGAGGAAGAAGAACGUGCGACGGAAGCUCAAUGCCAUGGCGCUAGAGUUUGCCGACAAGAACGUUCUUAUCGUUGAUGAUUCUAUCGUCCGCGGCACCACCUCCAAGGAGAUCGUUCAGAUGGCCAAAGAUGUCGGGGCUAAAAAGGUUAUCGUGGCGAGUUGCGCACCACCGAUUCGAUAUCCCAACGUCUACGGUAUUGACAUGCCGUCGCGAAAGGAGCUGGUCGCGUACGGCCGUGACGAGGAGGCCAUUGCAAAGGCUAUCGGUGCCGAUCGGGUGAUCUUCCAAACCCUCCCAGACCUCGAAGAGUCGGUCAGGCAAUGGAAUCCGGCAAUCACAUCCUUCGACUGCUCCGUGUUUAAUGGCGAGUACAUCACUGGCGGCGUCGACGAGGAAUACUUGCAACACGUCGAGUUCCUCCGUGCGGAUAAUGCGCGGGGGAAACUACAGCUCGACACAGCUUGCUUGGAGCACAAGGGCGCAAACGGCGUGAACGGCAGCGUGGACAGGGAAAGGGCCAGCUAUACCAACUCCAGUACACCUGUUACUGGUACUGAUGAUACCGUCGGAUUGCACAACACAUUCACUACUUACACGCCCAAGUAA